AUGUUCGAUCUCGAGGAUAACAAUCCGUUGCUACCUGCACCACAAUCAGACAAUGAAGGAUCUAUAUACGGUCAAGAAUUGAAUUGUCCUAACGGAAGACAAGUAUGGAGGAUUUGUACAAACUUGAAAUUAUUAAUCGAUAAAGUUGUCCCCAUUCUUUUCGACAAGGAGGAAAUUUUGAGACCCGAUUCUUCGAUCUUGAACGACAAUGUUAUUGAACUCUGUUAUACUGCUGCAGGAGGUAAAGGUGAUGGCGAAGAAGGAACUUCCUCACGCAAGUAUCGUGCAUGUUUGGUGUUUUGUUUAUUAAAAGUGUGCGAUUGGUACUGGCAACAGAGUGAAUUUGAAUUGAGUGAUAAUGAAUUGUAUUCCUUGCGUGCAUUGAGUGCUCAAACCUUGGCUGCUAUAAUCAUUGAACGAGAACAUGAUGAAAAGUACUUAUUUUUGAGUAUGUUAUGUCACCGAUAUACAAUUUGUUUGAAUGGUGAAGAUGCUGAGCGGGUUAGUGCUUUGGAGUUGGCUGUGGACAUGCAUUCCACAACCGUCAUCAGCUCUUCGGGAUAUCAAAGAUGUAUCAAGUGGUUAUGGCGAGGAUGGAUUGUCCAGUCAUCUUCUGAUCCUCACUCCUAUGUUUUGUACAAGGGGGUUUCUUCUCACUCCAUUAGAACCCAUUUUGAUCCAGCACGACUCAAGACACCAUUGUAUCAAAACAUAUUAGAAGUGUUUUUCAGUUUUGUUUACUUGGUGCUUUACUCAAUCAUAUUGAAUACUAAUUCAAAAGAGUAUUCAAACUUGAACAUUUUUGAAGUGUUUUUCUAUUUGUGUACAUUGGGGUCCGUUUUGGACGAAUGUGUCAAGUUUUAUCACGUUGGAUGGAAUUAUUUGGGAUUUUGGAAUGCGUUUAAUGAUUCAAUGCAUACAAUAAUAACCAUUUCCAUUGGAUUCAGAUUUGCUAGUAUCAAUGCCCAUGGCGAUCUAAGGGAUAGAUAUGAUGAGAUAUCGUAUCGUUUGUUGAGUUGUGCUGCCCCCUUCAUGUGGUCAAGGCUAUUAUUGUUUUUGGAUGCCGAGAAAUUUGUGGGUGCAAUGAUGGUUGUCUUAAAAGUUAUGAUGAAAGAGUCAAUCUUGUUUUUCGUCUUGUUGGGUGUUGUCAUCAUUGGGUUUUUACAAGGUUUUCUUGGAUUGGAUGCUUCAGACGGAGAAAGUGAUGCCACAAUGAAGAUUUUGCGGUCAUUAUUCAAAGGUGUCAUUGGGGACUCGUCUUUCGAUGAAAUGGGUAAAUUAGUUCCACCUUAUGCAUCAGUAUUAUACUAUGUUUACACCUUUUUGCUUAGUGUCAUAUUGAUGAAUAUCUUGAUUGCAUUGUAUUCCACCGCUUAUGCUGCAGUUGUUGACAAUGCAAAUGAUGAGUAUUUGGCUUUACUCGCGCAAAAGACCUUGAGAUACGUUAGAGCCCCUGACACCAACAUUUAUGUUCCUCCUUUGAACUUGAUCGAAAUUGCGAUAACACCAAUUAGCUGGGUCACAACAAAGAAAACUUUUAGGGUUGUCAAUUACUAUGUGAUGCUCGUAAUGUAUGCACCAUUGUUACUUUACAUCACCAGCGUAGAAUUGGCAGCAGCAAGAAGAAUCACAUACAAUAGGUACAAGCAUUUACCCGAUGAUGCUAAUGAACAUGAUACUGAAUGGGACUUGACCGAUGGGUUUGGUGAUGCUGGUGAUGGUAAUGACUCUUCACAAUUACACAACACCCCCUUGGAUGGAGUAAGGGCUCGUACUUCAGAGAUAAAUGAUGAAUUAAGUGCACAAAGAGCUAGUGAAAGGGAAGAUAAUGAAUUCAUGAUCAAUUUGAAUGAAUUUGAAAAGAAAGUCGAAGCUGUCGCCAAACCAGUUAAAGAAGCUACAAAAGUUGGUUUGAAUUGGCAAUUUUAUGACUUGUAUAAAAAGAUUGAUAAAUUGACCGAAAUGGUUGAGUUGGUUAUCACUGAAAAUAAGGAGUUGAAAGGCAAGUUGGGAGGCAGUUCUAGUAAGUAA